UGCCCUGACAGUGUAUGGAAGCUUGCACACCGUGUAGGGAACGCUGUAUCUGGGUUUGUCCUCACUUCAAGUGCACGAAGCUUUGCGGUGAGAAAUGCAACCGUCCUCGGUGUGACCAGCCAUGUAGGAAGAAUCUUAAAUGUAGCCACCCGUGCAUUGGUCUUUGUGGCGAACCUUGCCCGAAGAUGUGCAGAAUUUGCCAUAAAGACGAAGUUACCCAGUUGUACUUUGGAACUGAAGGCGAUAAAAAUGCCAGAUUCAUUGAGUUGUUAGACUGUGAACACGUGUUACAGCCAUGGAUUAUUGGAUGGACAACGACAGCGAAAGUGACGAUAUUAAAUUAAAGGAAUGCCCCAUAUGCCAGACUCCCAUCAGGAUUAGCUACCGGUAUGCUGACAUCGUUAAAGAAAAGUUGGCUGAUAUCGAAAAGGUUAAGGCCCAGUUGAACCACGAAGAGAAAAAUUAUCAGCAGUUGACCGAAAAGUUGAAAAGAAUAGCUUUUUCUAUUAAGCAAAAGUAUCCCGAUAUUCAGCAACAAAAAUCUUCAUCCUACAGAAAACAAAAUGACGAGCCAACCCUCAACUCCUCGAGCUACGAGAUUUUGAUAGGUUGGCUGAAGCAAAGGAAAACAAUGGCCGAGCUGAUUACAAUUAAGAACCAGAUGAAAAUAGUGAUCCAAAUAUACAAGAUAAGAGAAAGGAUGAAGACGGACCUUUUGAAGAAGACUCGCUAUGGAAUACUUACACCACCCAGUGCAAGCCACAGUGAUGAUAUGUUCUUACAAGCAGCAAGGGACAUCGACGAAAGCCUUAACCAUUUAGAAGAAGAUCUAAUGAAGUUUCAAGUCUCCUACCAGAGGCUGAGUGAUAUACGGGAUGAAGCCAUAUGUGUGAGUUUCUCGCUCAACGUUCGAGUGACAUUGUGUGAAAUCAAAGAGCAUUCCAUUGCUCUCGCAUCUGACCAAGAAGAGGGGCUGAAGACACUGGGUAGGCAGCUGGACGCUGGCCAGAAGCUUAGGAAAGAAGCUUUUGAUCAAAUUGAGGAUACAAUAAACGAGAUUCGAGAAGAAUGUGGUUUGGAAAGUCUGACUCCAAUAGAGCGAAUUGCAAUUUCCAGGCCAAUGAAUUUCUCCCAAGGACUGUGGCACAGGUGUCCGAAUGGACAUCCCCAUAACGUCAUAGGCAAAUGUCCAGAGUGCGGUGCAACUGUUGGAGACAGAAGUGGCCCACUUGCUCAAGAAAAUUAGAUUGAAUGACGCAAUGUAUACUGUCAAGUCCAACCAAAAAAACAAGCAGAUUUAUGGCAAAGAAGGGAAAAGAUGUAUACUGUUUGAAAAAAGAACAUUUCUGGAUCGGUUCCACAGGUUACCCUUCAAACAAAACGUUACAUUUUUCGACGUUGAGACAUUAACGAGGUGGUCCAUUCAGUUUGCAAACUAAAUCAUGAAAAUAAUCCCCAUAUAAGUGGUCUUGCAAUAGGAUACCAAAACAUGACUGAAAAUCAUAGUUCACCUGCAAGGUAGCCGUCCCUACUCAUGCCCUUAUAGGUGACUAGUGUGCGUCUGGCGGGCGCAAAUUACCAAAUAGCGCCUUUUUCUUUACGAUCGAAGCUUGUCAGUACGGAAUUAAAUCCCAGUAUUCGAGACGAGAGACGAGUGACUUUUCUUUUCUUCCCUUCUUUUAAAUUGAACAACAGCUUUCUUCACGUUUGAUUAAUGUAGAGAAACUUCAAAAGCAGAAUGCUAAAAAUCAUCUGACACGUGUGAUUUUGUGGAUCGAUAUUUCACUACAUAUUUUACUGAUAUUCUUAGGAAACAUUGGGUGUACACUGGAUGUUAGCAUGUUACUCUUCCUGAAAGGGCCGCCCAAUUUAUGUUAUAUGACGUUAUUCAGUUUAUUCAUACUAUGACCUAAGAGACAGAAUCUUUCGACAACUUUUAUCAAAAUCGACAGAUUAGUAAGUCCUUGAGUAGUUUUAUGUUUUCAUUUUUCGAACGAUUCGAAGAGGUGGUUGAGUAUUGUUUUUUCUAUUCACUUUGGAAAGCAACUAAAAUUGCAUUCUCUCACCUUAAGAUGAAAUUAGAGGAUCUCGAUGUCGUAUCAAGUCUCCAGUUUCAAACACGAGUUCAACUUAAAGAGGCUAGACCACUACCUGUUUUACUCAGUGUUUAAGAAUAAAAGUUUCUUUUCUUGUUGCAAAUUUGCAUGAGGCAUUUCGUCGUCAUCUUUGGCAACUUUAAUAUCCAAUUCCUCAGAACUCCAUUCUGUAGGCAACGUAUGGUUCCUGAGGAAAGCACUGAGGCACUGAGCUUUUUGGCCACAGCUUUGGGGUCUGAAUUUCCCCCCUUGUUUAGAGUGGGUGGAUUCAAACACUUACCGAGUAAUACAGCGGAACAAAUAUGCAACCACCUUAGAAUCGUUCAAGAAACGAAAAUGUGAUGUGAUGGACUUUUGGAAAACUCGGCUACCUGUUCAGAUGUGAUCAAGUAGCCUUAUCUAAUUAAACGUUAAUAUACGUGCA